AUGGGGAGCAGUCCAUGUGCGUGCGUCUCUGGUUUCGAAUUUCGCCGCGUGAAGUUCGCGAAGUACAAGCCGGAUGGCAAGUUCUACACCGUGAAGCCGCGAGCCGAGAGCGGAGCCGAAGGCAUUUCCACUCCCCUUUUUCCCCCGUUCAUGAAGAAGCACGAGAUCAUCAAGCUGAAGCUGAAGCAGGUGGAUCACAUCAACAACGAGAAGAGGCUCAUGGCGCAGAUCUCUUAUCCCUUCAUUGUCGACAUGCCAGCAUCCCAGUUCUCCGGAUGGGCUAUUGCAAAGAAGAUCAUUUUGUCUACAUUGCAGCUCGGCGAAGCUCGGCAGCAUGGGGCCUUUGUGGAGGGCGGCGUUUGCAAAGAUGAGCAGAGCAAGUUCUACGCCCUCCAGGUGCGAAGAUAG